CGGUAUGCGACGCGCUAUCUCAUUGGUCGCCGUGUAACCAAUCAGAGUAAAGGCCAUCCGCAGCGGGGCUCGCAGUUGCAUCAGAGCUCAGUCGUGCUUGAGCCAUCGUUGCUACAUGAUAUAAAGACUUAUCUUCCCGUACUUUUGUGACGAAUUGCACAAUAGCUUCUUAGCAAAUGAAAAUUUUGAUAUGUGGAUAUAGUUCAUACAAUUGCUAAAGUAAUAACGUUCAUGAUGGCAAGUGCAGCCGUAACCCGAUCCCCGACAACAGAGCGACUGUAUUCCUUGUAUCACAAGAAAAAUACUAUUCGAAUUUCAGUAAAACCGAAAAACUUAACCCAUUCGUCAUGGAAGCCGAAGAACAACUCUCACACGUCACUGGAGCCGAGAAAUUCUACCCACACGCCAAGGGAGCCCCACACUUCAGGGAAACCGAGAAGCUAUACCCUCACGUCAUUGGAGCCGACAAGCAGUCCUCACACGCCCUGGCAACCGAGAAACUCUCCCCACCCACCAAGGGGGUCCCACGCUUCGGGAAAGCCGAGAAGCUAUACCCACACCCCAAGGGAGCCCCACACUUCAGGGAAACCGAGAAGCUAUACCCUCACGUCAUUGGAGCCGACAAGCAGUCCUCACACGCCCUGGCAACCGAGAAACUCUCCCCACCCACCAAGGGGGUCCCACGCUUCAGGAAAGCCGAGAAGCUAUACCCUCACGCCGUGGGAGCCGAGCAACUUCACAUCCACGCCAGGGAAGCCGGAAAAUUCUACCCACAUAUCAGGGAAGCCAAGAAGCGUCCCUGAUUUAAAUCCCCUUCAAACACCAACGAAGGAAAGUGACCAACAGAAGGAAGACGGUGCUAGCAUUCGGGAAAUCAGACAUCCAUCUAAGAGUAGAAAUAGUCUUGGCUAUGUUGGAACGCACCAACAAGAAAGCAUACACCAAGAAAAGAACACAGAGCAAACACCGAAAGCAAUAGUUAGUCUGGAUGUUAUGUUUGAAAAGGAAAAUCAUAAUUGUAUCAAUGAGUCUUUAGCAAUUCCACCUACAGCUAAAGCAAAAGAUCUAGGGAAGAAAGGGAAGUCUGUGGGUAAGCAUUUCUUUCAGAAAUGCUAUACAUGUGGGAAUAUGGUGAAAGAUGUAGACUUCGAAGAACAUUUAUUUUUUGGGGAGACUGAGUGCACUCGGUGCCAUUGGAAGAUAUCCAGCUGUGAAGCCUUCCGAGAAAAUAAGAUAGAUCUAAUAAUGGGUAACGCAACAUGUCUACAUACUUUGACAUAUUGUAUGACACCUUCAGAGUAUAUUUCAAACAAAAUAUCACAAGAAUCAGCUGUUGAAUUGGACAGAAGUAAGUUAACUUCAUAUGUAUGCUCUCUAAACCGGUUGAAAGGAUCUGAUCCAUGGAAAAAAGCAAUUGAUCAGUGUCAAGAUUUUCUGGAUGGAGAGACUUCUCAACUAAGUGAAACAAAUGAGCAUUUAAAUGCUUUAGAAACGGUCCAUAGUCUUCCAGAAGAGAGUGUUCCUACAAGCAAAUAUGAAAUGAAGAACUCGCCUUGGUUUGUUCAUGAUCAUGAACUAAUCCUUUCUCAGCCAUAUGAUCUUGAACAUUUAAAUGAUGUAGUUGAAUUUGAAACAGCCAAGGAUUAUCCAGAGGUGAGGAUGGAAAGAUCACCUGUCUUGUUUACUGAAUCCAGUGGGGAAAAUAUGAGUACUGGCCUACCACAUUGUCAGACUGACAUUGAUACUUGUAGUGGCAAUCUCGUAAGAGAUGUGGCUUCCCAAAGUACAAGUUUGUCAGACAUGACUGGAAUGGUUGGCAGUAUGAAUUCAACUCGGUUACAGAAAGGGCGUAAGAAGAAAAGAAAAACAAAAUGUGCAAAACAAUCCAAAUCCAAGUCAGGUUUUAGCAGAUUACAAGCAAAUUCUGAUGCUGAAAAAAGUUUCAUAGAGACCCCAGCAAAUGGGUAUUACCUCAUUGUCCGCCAGGCAAUUGAGGAGUGUCCCAUGUGUUAUACUGAAUUUUGUCCUUCAAGAUUUACUGUGAAUAUAAAUACUUACCUCCUUACUACAGUGUGUACUGGCUGUGCUUUAACAGUUUACAUAAUUGUUGAUCCUCCUGACGGUUCCGCCCCGAAUAUAUUCAUUGAGACAGAAAGUGACCCUCCUGAGAAACGAAAGAAAUGUGCAACGAAGAGGAAAGACACAGGGCACGAGGGAAGGCCACAUGUUAAAAAAAUUAAAAGUUAAUACCGUUC